AAACUUCUUCGUUUACAGUAACUGGACCCCAACUGUCAAACAGGCCAACAAUCACAAAAGAACAAUUAUAUGUCAUCGACAGUACCUACCUUAUCGCUGGGAUUGGUUAUCCUUCGCAUUAAUGGCCGAAGGAAGCAUGAAGCGGAAACGAGUCCUUUUGCUGUGUGUCCUGAUGGUGUAUUCUUGUGCCGCAUAUAAACCAGUGGUUAUUAUUCAUGGGGUCUGGGACCUGAGGUUUAGUUUGAACUUCUUAGCGGAUAUGAUUCGACAGGAGCAUCCUGGAACAGAAGUCCAUGUCAUUGACAUGCUACAUGGAUGGAAAAGUCUAGCCCCACUUUGGUAUCAAGUAAAGGCAUUUUAUGCGAAGAUAGCACCCAUCAUGCAGAAGGCUGAAAAUGGCAUUAUUUUAAUAGGAUACUCUCAAGGAGGAAUUCUGAGCAGAGGUAUAAUAGAAUCUAUGGACCAUAAUAUUACAAGAUUCAUCUCUCUUUCUUCCCCACAAGCUGGCCAGUAUGGAGAUGAAUUCCUGAGGCUCAUCUUUCCACAGUACAUUAAGGAAACAGCAUAUGAAUUGUUUUACUCAAAGAUGGGUCAGUCUGUAUCUGUUGCUAACUACUGGAAUGAUCCUCAUCAUCAAGAUUUGUAUUAUAAGUACUCAAAUUACCUACCAUAUUUGAACAAUGAGGUAGAUGAUUCCUCAAAAAAGGAUUACCGAACAAAUUUCCUGAAAUUAGAAAGAUUGGUUCUCAUAGGAGGCCCUGAUGAUGGUGUUAUUACACCUUGGCAGUCAAGCCAUUUUGCCUACUUUGAUGAAAACGAGAAUGUAACUGAAAUGAGAGACCAGUAUUAUUACCGAACUGACACUUUUGGUUUGCGUACCUUGGAUAAAGCUGGAAAGGUGACAAUUUAUGAAAUUCCUGGUGUUGUACAUACUCAAUGGCAUCAUAAUGUUACUGUGAUUCAAAAAUGUAUAUUACCAUGGCUUGACUGAAUUUAUCUUUGACAAAAGAUUUUCAAUAGUAGUGUACACCAUAGAGUAUUGUAUUACUUUACCUAUGAUGUGUUCUCAUAGCAUCUUUAGUAAAUCAUGUGUUAUUGUGUUCUUUUGAUUUGUGGAAAACUAAAGAUGUGUUGAUAUCCUAAUGCUCAGUAUGAAUUGCAUUUUUUAGAGUAUGUAGAUUAUAUAAUUUGUAUAAAUUUAUUCACUAAAUAAUAUAUAUAUAUAUACUGUCAAAUGUCAACAGAACAGGUGUCCGUUAUUCAUUUGCAAAAUUAGAUUGAUAUUUUUUAAUAGUAGUGAAUAAUUCAUCCCUGUUUCUGUUUUAUGUGCUGUAUCCAUGCAACAUUAAAUUAAUUUAUUUAUUACUUCUCCCUACAUUGGUAGUGUUAUUUAUGUAUGUAUGUAGUUUAAAAUAAAACCUACUUCAUAAAUGUUCA